AUGGGAAGUGGUGCUGCUGUCUUCGGUAGUGCGAGCGUGGGAUACCAAAGCGUGAAGUACACAGCGCCCACGUUCAGCGGAGACGCCAAGACCUUUUCUUCGUGGCUAGAGGUUUUCUUUAUGGCAGCGAACACAGCAAACCUUCUUGAGCCUUUCGAGGAGGGGGGGGCGGAGAUCCCCGUAAACAGUGAGCAGAGCAGAGUCCAACUGUCCAGGGUCCGUGAGGACAACGAGGGGGCUCUCGCGUUGGUGCAGAACCCUUUCAGCUCGGCGAGGAGCAAGCAUAUCGACGUGCGGUUCCACUUCAUCCGCGAGCUCUUCAAGGCGGGCAAGAUCACCGCAGAUUAUGUCUCGACAGAAGAGCAGCACGCCGAUAUGCUGACCAAGGUCCUUGGUGGGAUAAUAGCAGUGAAUGCGACGGCGAUUCGGACAAUAAGGUGCAAUUUGUCCGCAAAGACAAGUGCCGCGGCUGCCACCAGCGGCGACAGCGGCAGCGGCAGCGGCGGCACUGGCAGCGGCAACGGCGGCAGCGGCAACGGCGGCAGCGGCAGCGGCGGCAGCGACGGCAGCGACGGCAGCGGCAGCAGCGGCAGCGGCAGCGGCACAGCCGCACCACCUGUUUCCGGUGCAAGAGCUUCGCCGCGGGUCUCUUCUGCUGGUUCAGCUUCUUCUAGCAGAAGUGCCUCUGCUCGCCAACACAGCGUUGGUUGCAUCAAUUCCGCCCAAACUUCAAAAGCGAUGCCGCCGGAGGUACGAAACGAUCUGAUGGCUUGGUUCCAAGACGCGACAAACGCAUCCAAGAGAAAAGCGCGCGAGAACAGUGAGAAGCGGUCUGCCGACAAACGUGCGAAGCGGGUGGAGGAGAUCGCGAACAACCCUGCUGCGCCGGAGCGAGAGGAGAGCAUCGAGAGAGACCGUGCGGUCGUCAGCCUGGCCAAACGGAGGGGGGCACGGGCCAAGGCCGCCAACGCGGCGGGCAGGAGGUUCACCAGUCGGGGAGCCAUGGCCAAGAGAACCCCCACGAAAGACGCCCAGGUACCAGUUUAUGACCGGAUCAAAAAGUUCUCGGACCAAACCUUCUACAUGGCUGACGCUGGCAAGAUGGCCUGCCGUGCGUGCUUCGGCAAGGUCAUCUCUCUGCACAGUUACCGCGUGAAGGACCGCAUCGACGGGAAGAAGCACCAGAAAAGAGUGGCAAUGAUGCUUGACACGGAGGAAGAGGAUAAAGGGACACUCCGCGCGUUUACCAAGCGCUCCGAGGCCCAAAAGGACAAGCUCACACAGAUCAAGGCGGUAAAAGGUUGUUUGGCGGCCGGUGUUCCGCUAAACGUGCUGGGCAACCGUGUGUUCGGGGCGUUCCUCGCGCACCUCGACGUGGACUUGCCAAGCGCCGGGCAUCUGGCUGAGCACAUACCAUUGAUCCUAGAGGAGGAGCGUGUUCGGCGGUUGGGCAUGCUGAAGAAGAGCAUGAUGGCGGACGACAUUGCCGGUGAGGUCAACCGCAUCGUCACCCAUGAGUACAGCCUCGACCCCAACAAGUGCCGAGCCAUCAUCGGUGACAGCUGCGCGGCAAACCUCUUAGCCAUGGGCGCGCUGGUGAAGUUGUUCAGAUACGCGAUCGUCAUCGGCUGCUUGUCCCACACGUUCAACAACAUCGGCAAGCAGCUUAGCACCCCGGAGUUGGGCACGUUCCUUGGCAAGAUGCAUGCCCUACUCUUGCACAGCGCUGGAGCGAAGGCGCUCUUCAAAGAGAAAGUCCGAGUCCGCGCCCCAUCGACGCCUGGGCACCGGUGGGGCUCUAGAUUCGAUCGGGACUACAUUAUCGCCAUGAACUGGCCUGGAGUGUUGGAGUUCAUCGCCGCCUACAAGAGCGGAGACACGGACAAGAGCAAGGCAGCCAAGUUCAUGAGGGACGAGCUAGUGCGAUUUCGCGACGACAAAACCCCCCAGAGCUUAGUCCUUCAGUUGCAGCUGGCUUUGAUGGUGGACGUCGGCCGUUCCGUGACUUCAGCAACUAUCGUCCUGGAGGGCGACGAGCCAUUGGUUCGUGCGCACAAGACGUACAACAUCGUGGAGCGGUUCCGCAGCAAGCUCGAGGUGGCUGAAGACGGUGUUUUCUCAACGGAUGUCUCCUUGCCUACCGUCGCUGCUUUUGUCGCUAGACUAGUCGGCCAAGGAGACGACCUGGACUACUUGGGCACCCUUCGCCAGUACGCACACGACAGGAUCGGACGCCACUCCCAAGCGAGGGAUGCCAAGGCCUUGGAGAUGUUCAAGGCCGCGAAGCUCACGGACUACGUGUUCAUGAAAGGCAGGAAGUUCACCGAUGACGCCAUUCGCAGCCUCAAGGUGCUCCCGUUCGUCAAGAGCAAAAUGGUCAGGGGUCUUUUAAAGGAGAAGGAAGACUACUGCAUGGCGGCCAGUGACACAGACGCCGAGUACGCCCACAUGGCGUUCUGGAACGACAAUAAGACAAAGCUCCCUACGUGGCACGCCUUGAUGUUGGACGUUGCUCUUUUGUAUCCAUCCUCUGCGUUCAUGGAACGAGUGUUUUCCAUCCUGCGGUGUUGCUUUAAUGAACGACAAGAGAGCGUGUAA